UUUUUUUCAGCCGUGUGCCUCGAGGCGAUUGGAGAAGCAAAAGUGGAGUGGAUGACUUCCAGUGAUAUUCAAGCUUCUGAUGAAGAAGUCUUUAACUACACCACAGUUUUACCUGUGAAAGGUGAGAAGGAAGUGGAUGAAGCCCUCCUCCACCCCGGUUCCUACUAUUUCCCGUUUGAGUUCAACCUUCCACAACGAUUGCCGUCGUCAUUCAAAAGUAAACAUGGCCGCUUACGCUAUUUUGCCAGGAUGACCAUUUAUACACCAGACGGGCCCCACCAUGAGAGGAAGAGCAAGUUUGCUGUGAUAAGUGCUCUAGAUUUGAACUCCGAACCCGACGCUGCUUUGCCAGUGGAGAACGAUACAUACGAAGCUGUUGGCUCUUGGUGCUGUAUAGCAGGAACUGUGACAGCUUCUAUGAAACUAGAGCGGAAGGGGUACACUUUAAAGGAAGCUAUCCCUAUUUAUGCUGAGAUUAAGAACCUCAGCACCAGACGAAUUCAUUCUACAAAAGUUUCUUUAAUUCAGGUAAAAUAG